ACACAGAGUUUGUCUAUGGUGGCACCCAGUGUUCAGUGUGGAUAAAUUUACAAUAAUCCUCUAUGUGUGCAGGAAGAGAUGUAUAAUACUCUUUGUCCAUGUCAACGCCAUCUACCCUUACUUACAUAGACUCAUUUGUAGAUGGCAUUGGUCAAGUACAACGAGUUAGAGAUAUCUCUAACUCGUUGGUCAAGUACGUAACGAUCGACUUGCAGCAAGACGAACUCUAAAUCGAUUCAACGCGUUUCGAAGAGUGUCGAUUUAUCAUGUCGACAAGAGGAAUUGGCGGAUAUACCAACAUCAACCGACGUUUGCGUGUUUCGUAAGCAAAUAGUAAUUUGUAUUGUUUGUAGACUGAAUUAAAACAUUUCAUGCGAAUUGGACGAGGCCAGAACGGACAUUAAAUUACUCGAAUCAUUGUACUAAUUAUUUGUUAUCCUAGUGAAAUUUAUAUCAUUGUUUCAAAAAUUAAUUGUUCAUUUCAUCAGGGGCACAUUCGUUUCAAGUAAUCCUGUUAUCACGCAUCAACAGUAUUAUUUUAAUUAUCUUCCAGUUUAAAUUAUUAAUGUUGAGCAACAAUGUCACCUGGAAGUUCAUGGAUGAAAUCAAAAGGAAUGAGAAAUUCACAUGUGAACUCUGAACCUUCCACCAACACAGAAGAUUCCGGUGAUGAUGCGGAUGAAACAUCAAGUGUUGGAAGUACUUCAACUACAGAUAACACAUCUCGCAGUGAAACGCCUACAAAUCGUGGUCGAAAGGGUCGUAAAGGAAGGAAGAAAAUUUGCAAAACUAAUAUGAAGUUGCAAUAUAAAUUCUCCACUAGUGUCAAAGAAGACCAUGGUCAACCUUUAUUUGGAGCACAAUUCAAUCAUCAUUUGAAGGAAGGACAACCACUAAUUUUUGCUGCUGUGGGAAGCAACAGGGUGUCAAUUUAUGAAUGUCCUGAAGGUUCAGGGAUAAAAUUACUUCAGUGCUAUGCUGAUCCAGAUAUUGAUGAAAACUAUUAUACAUGUGCCUGGUCCUUUGAUGAAGAUUCUGGAAAACCAAUAUUAGCUGUUGCUGGUUCAAGAGGAAUCAUUCGAAUUUUCAAUCCUGCCACAAUGUCUUGCAUCAGACAUUAUAUUGGACAUGGUCACGCUAUUAAUGAAUUAAAGUUUCAUCCGCGAGACCCCAACUUACUCCUUUCCGUGUCUAAAGAUCAUGCUUUAAGAUUAUGGAAUGUGAAAACUGAUGUAUGUAUUGCAAUAUUUGGAGGUGUAGAAGGUCAUAGAGAUGAAGUUUUGAGUGCUGAUUUUGAUCUGGUUGGAAAUCGAAUUAUGUCAUGUGGAAUGGACCAUUCUCUGAAAUUGUGGCGCUUAGACAAGGAAACAAUGAGAGAGGCAAUAAGAAAUUCAUACCAAUUUAAUGCUGCUCGCAGUUUACGUCCUUUUGAUUCUCUCAAAGAGCAUUUCCCUGAUUUUUCAACCAGAGACAUUCAUCGAAAUUAUGUUGAUUGUGUGCGGUGGCUGGGUGACUUUGUCUUGUCCAAGUCGUGUGAAAAUUGCAUAGUUUGCUGGAAACCUGGGCGUUUGGAAGAUAAAGAACUUCGAACCAAUGAUACUAAUGUGACCAUUAUCCACAGAUUUGAGUACAAAGAAUGUGAAAUUUGGUUUGUUAGAUUUGCUAUGGAUUUCUGGCAAAAGAUUUUAGCCCUUGGAAACCAAGUGGGCCGGACAUUUGUAUGGGAUCUAGAUGUCACAGAUCCAAACCAGUCCCGCUGUACAACACUCACACAUCCAAGAUGCGUUGCUGCAAUAAGGCAGACAAGUCUUAGUAGGGAUGGCUCAGUAUUACUGUGUGUGUGUGAUGAUGGAACAAUAUGGCGGUGGGAUAAAAUUGUUUUGUAAUAUCACUUGAAGAUAUAUUUGUAUUAUAUAUUGAAUGUAGUAUUAGAACUUUUUAAUGAAACAUUGAGAAGUGUUACACCUUUCUUAACCCUUAUCAUUAAUUCUGUGUAUGCUCAUCAAUAAAAGUGACAUCAAAUAUUAUCUCAGCCUUUUUUUAAUCUUUUAUUUGUCUACGUUUAGCACAAUUCAAUUUCUUGAAAUGGUGCUAAUGAAAAUGGGCAUUUUAAGUUUCCUAAUCCGAUC